ACGAACCGUGGACAGAGUCAAUUUUCUAAAUAUUCGUUCGGUGAGCGACGAACGUUUUAUUCCACAUGUUCGGAAACGGACCGAUUAUUUAAUAAAGCUUUGUUCACACUUGUGAGUCCAAUUUUCAACCCCAGGAACCAAACGGACAAACAUGGCUUGAGUUCAAUCAAUCAAACGACCCUAGCACCGUUUGUGCUUGUGUGCUUGUUACCCAAAAAUUAGAAGAAGACAAUUACAAAAAAAGGUUAUGCUGUUUUGUCAAAAUUUAAUAAAAUAAACUGGGUAAAUACGUAUCGCGUAGUUUUUAAAUACAAUCAAACAGGAUUUAAAAUUCGUAUCAUAUGUGAAUAUAUUUAAUAUGGGAGGAAAACACAAAGUGGCCAAUAGAACUAAAAACAACGCCAGGCCCUCUAAUAGUGGAAGAAGUGCUGAACUUCUUGGAACUUCUAUACCUCAAUUCGUGGGAUUUUCAGGAAUUAAAGAUUCUGCAUUUGGAUUUUCUGUAUCCAAUUCAGAAGACCUAGAUGCUUCUUUGGACCCUAAUAUUCAAGUAAUCCUAAAAAAGAUUACAAAAAGAGACUCUACCACCAAAAUUAAGGGAUUGCAAGAAUUUGCAACAUUUGUAAAAGAAUCGGAUAUAGAUACUGUAAAAUCAAUUUUACCUAUUUGGCCUAGAUUUUAUAAUGUUCUAGCCACUGAUACUGACAAUCGUGUUAGAGAAGCAACACAUAAUGUUCAUCAUCAAAUUGUUCUCAAGGUUAAAAGGAAUAUUGCCCCUUAUUUAAAGCAAUUAAUGGCUCCUUGGUUUACAUCUCAAUAUGACACAUAUCCUCCUGCUGCCAGUAUUGCCUCACAAGCAUUUACGGAUGCUUUUCCUCCUAAUAAAAUCCAAGAAGCAAUAGUGUUUUGCCAAGAAGAAAUCUUGAAUUACCUCAGUGAUAAUCUAUUGGUCCAAACUGCUCAAACUUUAAGCAAUCUAAAAAAUGUUUCUGCAGAAGAAGCAGAAGCAAAAUAUGAAAGAGUUUUAAUAUCUUGCCUUCAGGGUUAUUGUUUAUACUUAGAAAAGGUGUCUAUCGAACAAAUAAAGAAUGCCAGUGUAUUAAACAAUAGCAUUGUAUCCAGUACUAAAUUUUGGAAAUUUUCCAAAAGCAAAGUAGCCCAUGUUAGAGCCUCGUUUUUCAAAAUAGUGUCAGUCUUGUGCCAAAAAGCAGCCUUCCUUCUAGAUGACAAAGGGUCACAUGUAGUUGGUAGUGUCUUUGGGAGUUUGGAGGAACAUGAUCCUACUGUACUACCACGAGUUUGGGAUGCAACUCUUUUAACUAUGUCUACCAUAAAGGACUGGUGGACUUUCAUCAAUAUUGACAAAUUAUUUUUACCAAAACUAUGGAAAAUUUUAAAACAAGGUGGCCAAGGAAAUGCAUCAGUUAUUUACCCCAGCCUGUUACCAUUGAUUUCUUAUUUGCCACCUAAUAUUGAUGAAACAGUGCCACAAUUUUACAAUCUAUUUUUUGAAAAUCUGUGGUUAGGAUUAAAUCAAAAAUCAACUGUAUCCAGUCGUUCCGAAUCCGUAGCCGUAGCCACAGCCUUUAUAGAGUGCCUUCAAUAUGUCAUAUUACAAAAGCAAUCCGAUCUUCCUUUCUCUAAAUCCCUUAUAAAAAAUAACCUUAUAACAUCGAUCGAAUGGUGUCUCACUGAAAAUCAGACAAACUACAAAUCCCUCUUCAACCAAAUUUCAUCCUUGGUUCAACAUUGGAGUCGAAAUUUGGAAUCUGAAGCGUUAAAAUCUUGUUUGGACUUCUUUUUAGAGAACAUCAAUGAUUUAUUUAGAGAUACUUUGUUUAAUAUUAAAGAAACCCCCUGUUAUGAUGUUGGAAAAAUUGCUGAGAAGCAAUUGGAUUUUUUGCAAUCAUUGAAAUGUAUCAGCAAGUCUAAAAAACAUUUCAAGGUAAAAUUUAAUAUGGAAUCGGAUGGUAGUCAUGAUCACAAACCAGAACAAACUGUUAAUAUUUCUGAGGACAAAAUCUAUCUAAAUCGUUUGAAUAGCCUUGUGUACAACAUAUGUGAACAUUAUGUUCAGUAUAUAUCAGAAAAAAAAUCAAAUCUUCUAAUAGACCAUCUUUAUUCACUUGUAAUUGAUUUUGAUACGAAGAGUUUCUUUUCAAAUUUGAAUAAAAAAAUGAAACUUACGAAUCCCAAUGCGCGAUUGGUCGAUAUUUAUUUUAAGGUACUGCAGCCCUGGCUCACUUCACAAGAAUUGUGUUGUAAACACGUUAUUAGCUUGAUAUUUUUACUAUUUGAAUAUUUAGAGAUUGAAGAUAAAAAGACGAUAUUAACUACAUUUUCAGAGGUACCAUCUGAAGAAUGUUUGAGCUGGUGUAUUUCAGAGGCGUUAUCGCAUCCACACAAUAAAGAUACAUUGGUUAAGGAAUGGCUGAGAACUGACAGAAUUAGCAAAUUUAUUGUUACCAUUACUGACAAAAUUAUUUUAGAUAAGUGCCCUCCAGAACUGGGAACAUUAUUCAAAUUGGCCCUCACUGAAAAUGAACAUGGUGAACUGUUCAUCGAUAAAGAAGCCAUACUGAAAAUUAUUUCAAAAUUAAUUUCAACAAUGCAAAACCAUACAAACUAUUUGGUGACAGCCGACACCUGUACGAGCUUAUCUGCAUACAUCUCGGCGAUAAUUUACACUGAAAAUUUACUGCUUACAUACAGCGACACACUUUUACUAGCUUUGUUCAGGCUAACGUGCAAUCCUGAAAUCGACAAUGAAAUUAUUUCAAAAGAAACCGUUUAUGAAGUAACGACGUCAUGGCAAGACGCAAUUACUUUACUUAGCAAAAGCUUAAGUAAGGAAGAAAGUUUACGCCUGGCCGCUAAAUUGGCGGAUAUAGUUGAAGAGGAGUAUUUAAAUAGUAAUUUGGAUGAAGCCAAUGUCAAUCAUUUUAUUCUUGUGAUUGUUAAUGCAAUAACCGCAUUUUACAAGAGCCUCCCAUUGAAUUUGACGGAGUUUUUGGAAGUUUUUGUUAAGAGAAAUUUCGUUAAUUCUUUAAAAAUAUAUAUGGAAGAACUAUGUGUCUUAGCUGAAUAUAUUAGUGGUAACUUAUGUUGUCCUUAUAAAGAAAUCAAAACUAUCAAAAUUACUGCUGAAAAAAUUGAUGUCGCUAGAUAUUUUGCUUGGAUUUAUCUAAAAAUAGGAAUUAUUAGUUCAGCUCUUAAAGAUAUAAUAUCAGAUGAUGACGAGGAAGAUGAUGAUGAUGAAGACGAUAGUGAUAAAAUAACCGAUAGUGAAAAAGACAAACCUGUUCUCAUUUUAUUUGUUAUUGACCAGGCUGAAGUAUACGUAACCCAAAUUUUACAUGAUAUAUGUAUUGGUCAGACAUAUUUAGAAACCUAUAAUAAUACCAUGUACUACGAUUCUGUAUUACACUAUCAUGUAUUAACAGAAAUGAAACUAAAAGCAGCUUUAAAACCGUCCUGCGAACUUCUAAAAGCGAGCAUUAAGUCUACUUUGAAAGAAAAAUCUGCCAAAUAUGGUUGGCAUUGGGCCAAAGCGGUGUACCUUUUUUACUCAGAAAUCCUACAUGAAAAUUUACAAUCCAUUUACGAAGAAUUCAUUCGGGAUAUCUCUGAAGGUGAUUCUGUAAAUACUUUACACUUGACGCAAGUUUUUAAGGAUCAUUUGAACUACGAUUAUGUACAAAAUAAAUUUGAUGCCAUAGGAGAUGUUGUAGUAUUGAAUGGGUUAAUUAAUUGUGAUGAAAUUGAUGUACAAAUUGCUGAAGUUUUCUCCAAAAUAGAGAAAAUUAGGAGCAAGGAUGUGCCACAAUUUUUAUACAACUCAAGUGAUAUCGGUUGGCAGGAAUGUGAAGAAAUUAGAGAAGUUAUUCUAUUAAGUUCCUCUUUGAUGAAAUCAAAAUUCCAAUGUCUCAGUCAGAAACAUUGGGAUUUCGCUGUAUUAUCUUUGGUUUCUUGGGCAUCAAACUGUUUGAAAGCAAAAGCCAGAUAUGAAACAUACCAAUUCCAAGCAUUCUUAUGUGCAGUUGUGAAAUUAUAUGUAAAUACAGAUACUCAAAUUAGACUUUUAAAAGAGAAAGGUGUGUCCAAUAAUUACAUUGACGAAUGGGAAGAUGUAAUAGUUGAAAGUAUCCAUAACGAUUUAUUGCAGUUGUGGUUAUAUUUGGCAGAUCAACUUAGACAAAAACAGGAAAUCAUAACGUACUUGCCAUUGAUUCAAGAAUUUUCAAAAAUACUCUCCAGUAUAAGCUGUGAUCGAAUUUUUAAAGCGAGCGACCCGUUACCAAAGUGGUCGAAAUAUUUAAAACAAAGCUGUUCGCUCUUGGUUAAUCCACAACCGAGUCUACAGCUGUGGGGUUACAAAAUGUUGCUAAUACUCGUGCCUGGACUGAUAAACAUUGAUACUGAAGCUGUUAAUACUAAUACUCCUCAUAAAAUGGGACUGAUUUUCGAGCAGUUUAAAGAAAAGCUUGUGGAAACGCAUGACAUUGUCAAUAGUAUGCUUAUGGGAUUUAAGUUAGGAGAGGAUAGUUGCAGACUUGAACCGAUGACGGAUUCGUUUACUUAUACUUUCGCCUAUUUGUUGUUAUGGGACAUCCUGUUAACUUUGUGCGACAAUUCGUCUACAGAAUUACGGUUUCAGUAUGCUGAUUGGCUGAAAAAUGAAGAUUUACUGAAAAACCUACUAAACAACUUAUUUAAGCUAAUGCCUACUGAAGUUUUGCAAUAUAGCGAAAGAAAAUCUAGGAGUCUUAAAGAACCGUUUUUGAAAAAACCAGAAAUUCAUAUUUCAGAUACCUGUGAUAGUGAGAAAAUAGAAAGCUUAGUAUGUUGGUUGUAUUCAUCCACUUUAGCACAAUUGCCAGCCAUAGUAAGACAGUGGUGGACAGGUCUAGACAGUAAAUUGGCACAAACAGUGGACAAAGUUACUCAAUACUAUGUAUCACAACAUUUAGUGGUUCAAGAAUUAAGCGAUUUAUUGACGUAUCAAAAUAAAUUCAAAAACAUGAUCCUUAAAGUAUUACCUGGAGCCAGAGAAAUCAUUGCGAUUUAUACUGUUGACGAGUCCCAAGUCGAACUCAUAAUUACUCUACCGCCCAACUAUCCAUUAGGAGGUCUGGAUGUCCAAUGUAACAAACAAAUUGCCGGAACAAGUCACAAGCAGUGGUUAUUGCAAUUCAAGAAGUGUGUGGUACACCAAAACGGCAGAAUUUGGGAUGGUCUGUCACUGUGGAACAACAAUUUAGAUAAAAAAUUCGAUGGUGUAGAAGAAUGUUACAUUUGUUUUGCAGUAUUACAUCCAGGAACUUACCAGUUACCAAAGUUGUCCUGUCAAACUUGCAAAAAGAAAUUUCACUCGGCUUGCUUGUAUAAAUGGUUUAGGACCAGCUACAAGAGUUCGUGUCCCAUAUGCAGAAAUUUAUUCUAGUAGCCAAAUUAAUGAGUACGUCUUAAUGCAUAAAUAUUUUUAUUGUAAAUAUUUAUUUUGUUUUAAAUAUAUUUUUAAUUUUCUUCAAUGUAAAAUAAAGAAAACCAUAUUUUUGUU